CUAAUAAGAGGCUUGACACGGUGGAGGUCUUAUAUGAACACCAGUGACUCGCAUCAGCCUGUGUAUCCAUCAGCCGACCAUGCUUCAACCACUGCUGCGCUGUCUGCUUCUAGCCUCUGCUGUGCUGCUCUGCAACACAGCCCCCACCCCCACGGACAGACAUGGAGGCUCAGACACCAAGUGUCCUUUGAUGGUAAAAAUCCUGGAUGCAGUGAAGGGGACUCCAGCUGGAUCGGUUGCAUUCAAGGUGUCUCAAAAGACUGCUGAUGGGGGAUGGACACAUAUCGCCAAUGGAGUGACUGAUGCCACAGGAGAGAUCCAUAAUCUGAUCACAGAGCAGCAGUUCCCAGCAGGAGUGUAUCGUGUUGAGUUUGAUACCAAAGCUUACUGGAAGAACGAGGGGAGCACACCAUUCCAUGAAGUAGCUGAAGUGGUGUUUGAGGCCCAUGCUGAAGGUCAUCGUCACUACACUUUAGCCUUACUGCUCAGUCCGUACUCCUACACCACCACAGCCGUGGUCACAGAUGCACACCAGUGAUGCACAUCACACCGUGUGGAUAUUUACAGUCUGGUGGAGGCAUCGGGACAGCGAGUUGCAUGAAAGGCUGGAAAUCUGUUUUUUUGUUGUUGUUGUUUUUUUCCAUGUGCUGAUCCAAACCAACAGUGAAUGUAUCUACUAACAAGUAUUAUAGUGUGUGUAUCUUCUCGCUCUCUGCCAUUGAGCUCCAUUGUUGUCCAAAAACGAUUAAAAGCAUAUCAGUGAGCCACA